CCAACAGCCACAGCAACGCUAGGGACAGGAUCUCACAUGGUUGAUCUCCGGCACUCGCUGCUCGCAGUGCCGCCAGAUCCUGCCUCUCCGGUAUUAGACCCGCCAACUGACUUCCCGUUAGCCGGUCCCUGGCCACUCAUAGAAGUUAUUACCACACACAUCCUUCGCUAGACCGAUCGUCAGACGCCACGUACAGAGUAGGGCCGAGGCCUGUGCCGCCGCCAGAAAGGAGCCGACAAGGAACUGCCUGGGGUCCCAACGCGGGGCAGCCUUGGAAAUGGCCUGAGGUCGCCCUCUUCUGUCGUCGACACCGGCGCGUCCUGCAUCCCGGCGCAGGAGGUGGGUAUUCGCCAGGUUUGUUGGUCGUAUCUUGCUGUCUCUGCCUCGGCAGGGUUGGCCCUUUCUGGUAACCCGACGGAUUAUUAUCCGAUUCCAACCCCCUCCCUGACAGGCCUGUACAAGCGAAGCUGUGCCGCCUCGCCUCCCCAACUACCUGACUUGCUUGGUGUCCGUGAGCAAACUUGUUAGGCGACGGCCCGGGGUUGUGAUCGGGGCAGAGGUACCCCCUCGUGUUCACAAUGACAUAUAUAUGUAUGUGUCCAAGACCUCGAUUUUCCUCGGCGCAAUUCGAGAGGGGAGAAGACGGGGGCAGUCCACAAAAGCGUGGUUUUUGCGAGUUGACCGCUUGCGUUUCCGGUCUUGGGAGCUCGUGAAGUGGUCCCAUCACAUCCUUGGUCCUCUGGACAAUCCACAGGGGUUCCUGCAGUUCAAUAUGUACAUGUCCUACCCCUCGAGCGAGGCGGCUCUUUUCCUGGGCGCCACCAAGGGGAUAUAAGACCCUCCAGUCUCCGCGAUUCGCUUGCCCAGCCGUCUACCAAGCUCUCCAAGCAUCGUCCCGCCCCCCCUCCCGACUUCUUAACUCCCCCGCCAAGUCACCCUACUCGCGCGCCACACUCUCGGCGACAAGGCUCGGCGACAAGACGUCAGAAUGGCUGGUGGUGUCAAGAAGCCCGUCAACGUCUUCCGGCUGAAAAAUCUUGGCCUGCCCAAGGAAGUCUUCAACUGGCGACUAUGGUUCUCUGUCCUCUCUUUCGGCCUGUUGGGAGCCGCCAGAGGAGUUGACGAAGGCCUCAUCAGUGGGGCCUUUAACUCAAAGGACUUCCAAGCUACAAUUCAUUUCUCCGAUUACGAUGAAGUCGCCAAGGCCAACAUCAAGGCCAACGUCUCGGCAAUGGUCCAAAUUGGGUCUGUCGGAGGAGCUUUGUUUGCCUUCGUGGUCGCUGAUAGAAUCGGCCGCAUCUGGGCCACCAGAUGUCUCUGCGUGUUCUGGGUUGUUGGCAUCAGCAUGUUCAUGGGGGCCAACGGCAGUCUCGGCUUGAUCUACGCUGGCCGUUUCAUAGCUGGACUUGGUGUUGGGCAAACGCCCGUUGUCGGGCCGGUCUACAUCGCCGAGAUUGCUCCUGCGCCCAUCCGAGGUCUCUGCACCUGCAUCUUCACCGGUUUCGUCUACCUGGGCAUUGUCCUCGCCUAUUUCGCCAAUUACGGAUGUCAGAUCAACAUCGGCGAUACCACUCAUGCUCGGUGGUUGGUGCCCACAUCCGUGCAUCUGAUGUUCGCAACUAUCACCUUUUUCUUGACCUUCCUCCAGUAUGAGUCGCCUCGCUUCCUCAUCAAGAAUAAUAAGCCAGAACAGGCCCUCCACAACAUGGCACGACUGCGUAACCUCCCGCCCGAGCAUCCACUUGUGGCCGAAGAAAUUGCGGGGAUCACGAUGCAGCACCACGAGGAGAUGGAGGCGACUAAGGGCACCACGUUCUGGGGCAUGAUCAAGGAGCUUCUAUUCAUCCCCUCCAACCUGUACAGGUUCUACCUGGCCAUCGGUGCCCAGCUCAUGAGCCAGUGGAGCGGCGCCGGAUCGAUCACGCUUUAUGCCCCAGAUUUAUUCGCUUUAAUGGGCAUCACCGGCACAAACGAGUCCCUGCUCGUCACCGCUGUCUUCGGAAUCGUCAAGCUCGUCGCCGCCAUUGGUUGCGCCCUCUUCCUGGUCGACGUUAUCGGGCGUAAGCGAUCCCUGAUGAUCGGCAUCACCCUGCAGGCGAUUUCGAUGAUAUACAUCGCUGGUUUCCUUACAGGAGUUCCUGAGCUUGGCACAGUCGAGGACUACGAACUUACUCCCAGUGAGACGGGUCCUUCCAAGGGUGCAAUCUUCAUGAUCUAUUUGUCGGGUUUCGGCUGGGCCCUGGGUUGGAACUCGAUGCAGUACCUGCUCACGGCCGAGCUAUUCCCCCUGCGCAUCCGCGCCCUCGCCACGUCAAUCGCUAUGACUGCGCAUUUCGCCAAUCAAUACGGUAACAGUCGUGCCCUUCCAGUGAUGCUAUUGCCUCUCUCCUCUGGUGGCAUCACGCCCAGUGGUACCUUCUGGUGCUUUGCGGCUAUAACUUUGCUGGGCCUUUUCUGGGUGUGGUUCUUUGUCCCCGAGACAUCUGGCCGCAGCCUUGAGAGCAUGGACAACCUGUUCGCCCUCCCCUGGUACAAGAUUGGGCUCCACGGCAACCAGGAUGCCGAGGAACUCGACAUUGUCCACGACAAGAAGUUUGAGGAGGCCGGCGUGUCUGAUGCGGCUCAUGUCGAAAAGAGCGAGAAGGUCUGAGGUCUUGGUAAUUAGCUUAGUAGCAUGCAGCGUUGCAUUCUCUUGAAAUGAAUUGGCAUGCGUGUCAAUGUCAUCUUUUGCGUUCAUUCA